UUGCCAGGAAGUGACGUUGCCUAGUUACUAGGCUCCAUGUCACGCUGACAGUAGCCAGCUGUAGGCUGUAGUCCGCUAACAAAAAAAUAGUUUUUAAUACAACUUUGCGUUUCAUUUACUCGUCUUCUCAACGGAGCACAUCCUCUCUAAAGAAGUAAAUGCAACAGUAACGUGAAACACCAUUUAUCGGCGACCCUUCGCAAAGUUCAGUGUGUUAGGGAAGACUGCCAUGUUUAGCCCCGGGGAGCUAGAAGGUGAAGUGGAUCAUUCGUUUUUCGACAGUGACUGUGAUGAUCGCAGCAGAGAUGGAGGGGAACAGCUGGAGAAAAGUUUGAAGGCUGAAAAGGAGAGCCCACCAGCACAUGAGAGCCUUCAUGCAAAACAGACUGAAAAUACAAAAAGUGGCGGGUCCCUGAGAACUGAAGGGACAAAAAAAAAACUGAAGCCAGUCAGCAACAGAGCAGAAAGGAAGGAGAACAGCUGUAAUAAAGACAGAAGACAGGAAAAAAAAAAAAGAAGAACCCCCCCCCCCCCCCCCCUGUAUGUUGCCUGUACAUCAGAUAAAGCCAUCAAUAAUAGCAGUGAUAGUGAGGAAGACUCUAAUUUGCACUCUAAAAGGCCCAAGGGAACGUUUAUAGCUUUGUUGGCUGAGGCCAGAGAGGUAGAUAAUAAGGAUAUGUACAGCCAGAGUCCAAAUGAGUCUGAAGAAGAAGCAUUGCCAUCCAAACUCUCAGGCUUGAAAGGAAGAAAUAAACGAUCUCCCAAAAAACUGAUAAGAAAUCAGCGCACCCGAAGUCCAUCCCCCACUUCAACCGAGAGCAGCAUAGACAUAGACUCAGAGAGCUCUUCUAGCAGUAGCAAUGGGAGAAGCAGUUUAGAAUCCCCCGCCUUUCCCAGGCCCAACAAACCUGUAUCCCCUGGAGAGAGAAGGACUCGAGUGGGCUCAGCAGGAUCUCAGGAUGUGCCUAUCGGCCGUACAGUGGAGUCAGAAGACACAGUGACAGAUGUAAGCCCCCUCUCAUCUCCUGACUUCAGCCCUCUCCAGUCGUUGGACCUGAACCACACAGAGGCCGGAGAGGGCAGCCUUAAAGAGCAGCAGCAGCAGCAGGAGAGUGUGCCCUCCAGUGGCCUUAGCGACAUGCAUCAAGACGUGGACUCGGACCAAGAUGUAGAUGAGUGCUCGCUCAGUUCAGAGAGUCAGCUUGGAGCUAAACUGGUCUUCCAUUGUCCUGGAGGGAGAAACAGGAAGAACUACUCGUUCACCAACGCUGAGGUCCGACGCAUAGAUCGUGAGAACCAGCGACUUCUUCGGGAGCUUUCGCGCAAUUCACCAGGGCCCAGACCAGGAAGUACAGCGAGGAAAACGAGCCAUAUGGCCCACAAGUCGCCUUUUGGUCGCCUCUCUCACAGCGCACUCAACAGGCAGCGGGAACAGCAACGCAUCGAGAGGGAGAACCUGGCUCUCCUGAAAAGGCUGGAGUCUGUCAAGCCUACACCUGGCCUAAAGCGUUCAGAACAACUGGAAGACUACCAGCGACACAUUGGCUAUGCCGGAGCUCCUUCAUACUCUGUCUGUAUGUCCACUGCCAAAAAAGAGAGGUCUACCAGCAAGACACUCUCAGCAGGUCCCAGGACGGCCAGUUCUGCCCACCACAGCUCCAGAGCAGUUUCCACCACCACUGACUCUGGGAAAACACCCGUACCCAGGUCAAAAAAAAACUGAGUGCAGCCUAACCAGCCUGGUGCUGAGAACUAUGCCAGAUAUGUAAUCUACAAAGAAGCACAUCGCUGGUUCCCUUUAGUGAUACUGUAUCUGUUGGUAUCCAUUCAUCACAAAAGGUUAGGUUUCAAAGGUACUAGUCUUAAAGAAUCUUUUUUUUCACAUGCAUGGGUUCACCAUACCUUUAGUUCACUUAAUCAACUAUUCAGUGAUUUGUGUUGUGCUGCUUAUCAAUUAUGAAGAACGACUUUUCUUACAUUUUUUUAUGCUGAAAUAUAGCAAAUUGUGUUAGGAGCUCAGAGCUAUUUUAAUGCAUUUGAGUAGUUGUGGCUUUUGAGUACUCUUUACGACAGUUAGCUAGCUGUAUUUCUUUUUUUUAAAGAUUAUUUUUGGGGCAUUUUCAGCCUUUAUUUUGACAGGACAGCUGAAGACAUGAAAGGGGAGUGAGAGGGGGGAAUGACCUGCAGCAAAGGGCCGCAGGUUGGAGUCGAUCCCUGGCCCGCUGCAUUGAGGAGAAAACCUCUAUAUAUGGGCACCCGCUCUACCAAGUGAACUAUCCGGGCGCCCAGCUGGCUGUAUUUUUGUAAGAAAUAUGUCCUACAGCCGUGUUGAAAUAACAAACAAUUAAUUGUUUCAGUGAGUGAUGUUUCCAUUAUAUGUGCAAUGUUUUUGUUUGCCCACUUUUCUCAUAUUUGUACAAUUGAUGAUGUGCCAGAGAGAAUUAUGUUUUUAAACAAUUAAAAAUAUAUAUUUGAAAUAUGA